GGUUCUAGGUCUACCAACCCAGGCAGGAAAGGUUCUUUCUCCGAAUCUGUGCCGGGGAUGUCCAAAGCGCUCAUGUAACAAAGGAAUAAGGUCAGAAGCGCAAGAUCCGGCCAGAUGCCAAGGGGAAAGAUGUAAAUAGAACCUGCAGUCCAUCAAUUCAUUCUCCCACAUGGGCCACGGUAUGUUAUUCCCCCACGCCUCGGCUCUCCUCCUCCGGCGUGUUCAACGGUCAGGCGGCCUCGGACCCUGCCUCCUCCUCCCCCAUGCCCUGAUGGCGUGUUCGUCGAAAUGCUCUUGACCUGCUAGCUCUACCCAGGCUGUCUCCCACCGCUCAUCCCAACCUAUUGAAGAGCCGACGAUGGCAGCCCCCAUCAACCCGUUCUACGACCCGGCGACGACGCUCAACUCCUCGCAGUUCCACAUCUUUCCCCACGGGCAGUUUCCCCCCAGGGACGGGAAACAGAACCUAGGAGCGUUCACCAACCCCGGGCACGAGCUGCAUUUGGUGCAGAAACCCGUGCCGGUACCGGGUAAGGGGCAGGUGGUGGUACAUGUCCGCGCUACGGGGAUCUGCGGAUCAGACGUGCAUUUCUGGAAGCAUGGCCGGAUAGGCGACAUGGUCGUGUGUAACGAGAACGGGCUGGGACACGAGUCCGCCGGCACGGUCUUCUCCGUCGGGGAAGGGGUGACGAAGUGGAAAGUCGGGGAUAGGGUGGCCAUCGAGGCUGGCGUACCGUGCUCAUUGCCCAGCUGUGACUUUUGCCGCACGGGGAGAUACAACGCUUGCCCGGAUGUGGUGUUCUUCAGUACCCCGCCGUAUCAUGGGACGCUGACUCGGUAUCACCUCCACCCCGCUGCAUGGCUGCACAGGCUGCCGGACAACGUCUCCUUCGAAGAGGGGGCGCUGCUCGAGCCGCUCACCGUCGCCCUGGCAGGCAUCGAGCGGUCUUCUUUACGCCUGGGCGACCCUCUCCUGAUCUGCGGCGCGGGACCUAUCGGCCUGGUGACACUUCUCUGCGCUCGGGCGUCAGGCGCGGAACCGAUCGUUAUCACCGAUUUGGCGGCUUCGAGGCUGGAGUUCGCGAAACAGCUUGUGCCGUCUGUGCGGACUAUACUCAUCAAGAGGGAGGAGACGAGCAAGGAUGUGGCUAAGCGUGUGCGUGCGACGCUGGGCAUCGAGCCCUCCUUAGCGUUGGAAUGUACCGGGGUAGAAAGUAGCGUGCAUGCUGCUAUCUACAGCGUUCGGUUUGGAGGGAUGGUAUUCGUCAUCGGUGUGGGGAAGGAGAUGCAGAGCAUGCCCUUUAUGCACCUGAGCGCAAACGAGAUCGACCUCAAGUUCCAGUACCGGUACGCCAACCAGUACCCGAAAGCGAUCCGCCUCGUCUCUGGUGGACUGCUGAACCUCAAGCCGCUGGUGACGCAUCGAUACUCGCUGGAGCACGCCAUGGAAGCCUUCGACACUGCGAGCGAUAUCACCAAGGGGAGUAUCAAGGUACAGAUCCUUGACGAAGAGUAAACGCCUGGGUUGACAUGGGUUGUGGGUUGAAUAAAUUUGGGUAUGGUUAAGGGAAAUCAAAUUGUUAUU